CAAUCAGCGACCGAAUAGUUGGCACACGAAAGUGGCGCUCCAUCUCAAAAAUCCAAUUGCACAGCCGACGCGACCGCCCUCGACGCCUUCGACUCGACGCCCGACGACGACGACGACGCGCCAUGAAGAAGCAGCACCCGCAUGCAGGGAGCGACAAGCACACGGCCGACGCCGCCGCCACGAUGAGCUGGGACGCCUCGCUCGUGCCCCUCGAAGAAGGCUGGCUCGACAAGAUGGACACGACGCUCGCGACGACGGCCGACGCGUUCUUCCAUGACCUCGCCUGGUCCGACUCGGCCGACUCGCUCCUCGCGUCGCCCCAGCUCGGCGCCGUCAAGGCCCAUCCGCGGGCGAGCCUCACCGAGGCCGAGGCCGCGUUCCAGACGCCGACGAAAGACGGGGCGUUUGCGCUUGGCGCCCGCGCUGACGACGCGCUGCAUCUGUACAACAUCUCGUGCGACGCGCUCUUUGCGUCGUGCGACGCGACGACCGAAUCACCGCAGACGACGACCGACGCCGAGAGCCCGAGCCGGUUAUGGGGUGGCUGGGUCUGGGACGACCAGCGCAUCUUCUUUCAGGCCAUGAAGGCGAAAUGGACAGCGCGCGACGGCUUGCAGAAGCGGUGGGACCAACUCAGUAAGAAGAUUGCGACCAAGAGCGUGGACCAGAUCGAGGCGUUCUUCACCGCCAUUGUCGGCCAUGUACGCGCGCUGCUCAUGUAUGGCCAAGUCGCCAUGGACGUCCACGAGCCGGACGAGGUGCGCUUGGCUCUCAUUUGCUGGUACCGCCUCUUUGCGUCAACGCCCGUGAGCGGCGCCGACCUCGAGAACCCGACCCAGAAGCGCGCGAUCGUCCACCGCUUGACCACGUCGUUUCUCAAGAGCCGCAAGCAGAUGAUCGCGGCCAAGUCGGCGAAGAAGAAGACCGCAAAGGACCCCACCUCCCCCGUUCCUCCGGCAUCCACGACGCCACUGACCCCCCUCACAACGACGACGACGCCUGUCCACCAUCCAUUGGUGCGAAAGAAACGAGCCUUGCCGCUGGCCGAGGUCGAGGCCCCUGAGAAGCGGGUCCGACAUGUCCGCAGCCGGGAGUCGUCGCCAGCAUCGAGCCCGACGCCGGUGCGCGCGGCGUCCGUGGCGUCGCCUGCGUACGUGUACGACCUCACAACCCCGAGCAAGAAGCGCCAGAUCAAGGUGCGAUUGGUGCCGAUUGACAAGCGCACGCAAGCCGUCGUGAGCCAAACCGGCGCGAUGCCAAAAGUCGAGCUCAAGAUGAGCAGCAGCAAGCGCAUCUCGGACGUAUGCGACCACAUGAUGAAGAAGUGGGUGGCAGUGCUGCCGCUUCUGCCGCCACAUUCGACGCUUCGGGUCGUGCCCCUCGGCGACCGGCUGCACCCUGGCUGGGGCACGCAUGACAUUAGUGUCACAUGCCUCGACAUCUUCAACCACUGCCGGCAGAUCGCGACGGAUGGCCUCGUGGAUACAGUCACUCUCGAGUACCGCUGGGAGAUGGAAGUCAACGAUGAGAAUGCGUCGCCGUCGUUUCGAACGCCCAACAAGACUGAGUACACGACGCCGCAGCGGGUCAAGCUGCCGCGGCCCACAAACCUGACUGUUGAGAAGCCGAUCCCGGUACCAUUGGACUUGGACUUUCUGCCAUCGCCACACGAGCUGCCCGCGCGGGACCCGCACGACCCGCAGGUCACACUCAACUUUUCAACCGACUUCAACGGGUUCCUCGACGAAGGCCCCAGUGCGUGCUCGGCGCUCAUGGACUCGCUCGGUGUGCCACCGUCCAUAACGACAACACCGCGCAAGCCCACAAAGCGCAUCACACCGACGCUUGUGAAACCCGUGUUGCGGCUCGAGAUGCCGCCAUCGUCUGUAGUCUAGCCUUAGAAGCCCUCAACUUAACCUAUUCCUUGUAACCAUAGCAACCGAUUCCGAACCGUUA